AUGGGUUCGCUUGACUCGAACAAAAAUCCCCUGACCUUUUUGGCACAGCAGCUCUGCCUGUCGCCCACCCUACAGAUUAACGAGCUUGUCCAUAAGAAACAAGCGGAAGGCCAUCGAGUUGUUCACCUGGGCUUUGGAGAGGCAACAUUUCCCAUUGCCGAGCAUGUCCUCAAAGCACACCGGGAGGCUAGCGAGGAGACGAGCUACCAGCCUGUCGCCGGCUUAAUGAAGCUCAGAGAGUCUAUUGCCCGCCACCAAGCGCGACGCCUUGGUGUCGCUAUCCGGCCAGAUCAGGUCGUGGUGGCCCCGGGUUCGAAACCACUGUUGUUCGCAUUAUUCGACAUCCUUCACGGAGACGUCCUUCUUCCUCGACCGUCCUGGGUAAGCUACGAACCGCAAGUUAUGCACGCCGGGAAGAAGCUGUUUUGGGUCGAAACAGACGAACAAGACCGACAUGCCAUCUCGUUUCCUGCGUUGCAGUCGGCAUUCGAUAGAGCGGUUCAUGCCGGCGCCAAUCCACGAGUCAUGCUCAUAAAUAGCCCCUCAAACCCUACUGGGCAGGCUUUCACCAAAGACAACCUAGAGUUGAUGGCGGAUUUUUGUGAGAACCACGGCAUAACACUGAUCAGUGACGACAUCUACGCCGACAUCUGUUUCAACAGCGAGUACUCUGCUAGUGCAUGUUCAGGUGCCGCCUUCAACGAAGGAAGAAAGAUAUUGACAGGAGGACUGUCGAAGACAUACUCCGCUGGGGGAUGGAGAAUAGGCUUUGCAAUCUUCCCCGACAAUGAAUUCGGCGCCACCGUCCAGCAAAGCAUCCUUGCGUAUGCGUCCGAAUGUUGGUCUGCAGCAUCCGCGCCGGCGCAGGAGGCCGCAGCCGUCGCCUUUUCGACAUCACCGGAAAUGGAUCUCUACCGCAAACAAGUCGUGGAGCUGCAUCGGCGUUGUACAACAACACUGUUUCAUGCCCUGCGGGAAUCCGGCCUUGCAAUUGCCGAGCCGAAGGGAAGCUUCUAUCUAUAUCCGUCAUUCCAUCCCUACACGGCCCAGCUAGAGCAAUUGGGCGUGAAAACAAGUCUUGACCUGUCUCGCUGGUUGAUCCAAGAGUUCGGCAUCGCGACUUUGCCAGGCUCUGCUUUUGGAGAGGAUGAUCGCGGGCUAUCUGGAGGACGCUAUCGCCUGAGAAUGGCAACAAGUUACUUGUAUUUCCAGAGCAAAGAGGACCGGUACGCGAAUGGAUAUGGACUGCUUAACAAGGCUUUGGACCCCGAGUCUCGCAUCGAGUUGCCGCUCUUGGACGAUGCCAUAUCAAUGAUCCAGGCGGCCGUUGCGAAGCUGAAAGCCAUCCCGGUAUAACCCCGCUGAAACCAGGAAGCCGAUAG